UCACAGACAGGCGAAACAGCGACUGGAUCGGUCACGUGACUUUUUCUUAAAGCGAUAAGCGCUCAGACAGGGCUCUUUGAGCUCGCACGUACGCGGACGCGUCGAUGUUUCCGGACACAUCACUAAUUCGCAGCAACUAUCGAAAACAGUGCAUGAAAAAAUAAUCUUUCAUAAAACACACGGAACGGGAGUUGAGCGUGUAGCAUUGGAGUGCUAUCUGAAGUAAAGAUUGGAGACCGGAGAGAAGAUGGACUGCUGCUAUGCUAAGAUGGCGACGUUCAGUCAAAGAGAAGAUGGAAGAGAAUCAGCGCCACCGACUCCCAGCAAAUCAUCAGCGGAGAAAAAGCCCCAAACUGCAGAUAACGGUGGGCGAGACAUCCAACAGAUGAUACAACAUGAAGAAGAGCAUCCCCCUCAGCUGCAAGGGAUGAGCUCCAAUUGGAAACAGGGGGAUCCACAGCACCCGCAUGUAAAAGAGGAAGAGGAGGAACUCUGGACCACUCAGGAGGGAGACUGUCCUGAAGGACUGGAGAAGGCUGAUUUCACCAAGUUGCCCCUGACUGUUGUCACUGUGAAGACUGAAGAGAAUGAAGACAGACCAUCGGAGUCCUUUCAUUGGUUUGGUCCUUCAGAUGUCCAAGAGCUGAAUAGUCAUCCCCCUCAGUUGCAGGGGGGGAGCUCCACUUUGAAGCAGGCGGAUCCACAGCCCCCCAAUGUUAAAGAGGAAGAGGAGGAACUUGUCUCUGUGAAGACUGAAGACCAUGACGACAGACCAGCUGAGUCCUUUCGUUGGUUGUGUCCUUCAGAUGUUCAGCAGCUGAUUGAUCAUCCCCUUCAGUUGCAGGGUGGGAGCUCCACUUUGCAGGAGGAGGAUCCACAGCCCUCCCACUUCAAAGAGGAAGAGGAGGAACUCUGGACCACUCAGGAGGAAGAGUGUCAUCUCGAUGUGACCUGCUCCAUUUGCGAUAAAAGCUUUUCUAAUAAGUAUGAUUUGACUCAACACAUGCCGACGCACACAGAAGAAAAACCUUUUGGUUGUUCGAUGUGUGGUAAACGAUUCUUUCACAAGUCAAGCUUGGUAUCACACACGAGAAUGCACACAGGAGAAAAACCUUUUGGUUGCUCAGUUUGUGGCGAAAGCUUUUCUCACAGAAAUAGUUUGACUUAUCACAAGCUGAAACACGCAGGAGAAAAACCUUUUGGUUGUUCUGUUUGUGGUCAAAGAUUCUUUGUCAAGUCAAUGAUGCUGGCACACAUGAGAACGCACACGGGAGAGACACCUUUUAGUUGCUCAGUUUGUGGCGAAAGCUUUUCUCACAGAUACAGUUUGAGUUGUCACGUGUUGAAACACACGGGAGAAAAACCUUUUGGUUGUUCUGUCUGUGGGCAAGGAUUCUAUAAAAAGUGUAGUUUUGUGACACACAUGAGAACGCACACAGGAGAAAAACCUUUUAGUUGUUCUGUUUGUGGUAAAAGAGUCUCUCAAAAGUCAGCUAUGGUACAACACAUGAGAACGCACACAGGAGAAAAACCGUUUCGUUGUUCUGUUUGUGAUAAAGGUUACUCGCAAAAGUGUAAUGUGGUAUCACACAUGAGAACCCACACAGGAGAAAAACCUUUUAGUUGUUCUGUUUGUGGCAUAAAAGUCUCUCAAAAGUCCGCUAUGGUACGACACAUGAGAACACACACAGGAGAAAAACCUUUCAGUUGUUCUGUUUGUGAUAGAAGUUUCUCUCAAAAGUCAGCUAUGGUACGACACAUGAGAACGCACAAAACCUUAUAGCUGUUCGGUUUGUGAUAAAAGAUUCGUCACACACGAGAACUUCCACAAGGGAAAAAACUGUUGCUCGGUGGUGAUGGUGAUAAGGCAGUUAUCACACAUAUGCUAACCAAAUUAUGGAGUCAAUGACUAUAUAUUUUUGUGACCAGACCAGUUUUUAUUAUUCUUUUGUAAAUAUACAAAUAUCCAGUAGGUACAAACAUUUAAUAAGUGCCAUGUGAUUAGGAGGUAUAUGAUUUAGAUAUCCAUUUUUAUGGUCUUGUAUAAUGAUGCCACAAGCUAGUAGUGCUAGUUAGUACAGUAGGGGUUCUUUUGUAUGUAGCGCAUGACUAUAUAUGGACAGGGAUGGAUAUGUGGAUUAUCAAUGUGACACCAGUAAUUAGACCAGGGGUGUCCAAAAUUUUUCCUCACAAGGCCACAUACUGAAAAUCAAAGGAUGCGGGGGUCACUUUGAUAUUUUUACAUAGUUUUACAUUUUGUAAAAAGGCUAAAAACUAUAUGUAUGGAAUGACAAAGCGUUGUAUUAUUAAUUAUUGGUAUUAACAUUCACCCUGCCUCUCACCCAAUGUCAGCUGGGAUAGGCUCCCGCAUAUCCCCACGAUCCUGGUGAGGAUAGAAAAUGAAUGGGUAGUAUUAACAUUUUGCAUCUUUGCUGUAUUUUUCCCAUUUUCUGUAUUUUUUGGGGGGGGGUUAAUUUUAUAUUUACAAUGUGCCACGGCCAAAAAAAAACCCCCAAAAACAGCCGCACGCUGCAUUUUGUACACCCUUGAAUUGGACCAAUCAAAAUAGCAAAAGAAGAAGGUCACACCCUAAUAUGGGUGGCUCCAUGCCCAAUUCAAAUGUUAUUAAAGUGAUGUUCAGCCCACAAAGUCAUUUGUUCCGCAGAACAACUUCUUUUCUCUGGAAUAAAAACUCUUGGAUUCAAACUGACCAGCUCCUUAUUGGACUGAGAUUUCUUUGCCUCUUUUGAACUUAGAUGGGGUUUUUUUCUGACCUGCUCAACUCUUGGGUGUUUUCCCUGAGAUAAAGGCCAGCAGCUUUUGUGGAAAAAUGAUUUCUUAAGAAAAGAGAAUGCGUGAAAUAAAGACAGGGAGUUUGUGCAGUUUAUUUAUUUUGCAAAACGAGGUCUUUGGGCGUUCUGAGAUUUCACCAGCUAAGCCCUGGAUGUGGAUUUGGCCUCACAUCGUACUGCGUGUACCAUCAAGGAAUUGGAGUAUUCGGAAAAGAUGAACAACAGAAAUGACAUUUAUAGAUCUACUGUCUUAGAAUAGUCGACCAUUUGACGAUUUUAUUCGGAGGAGUCUAAGAAAGA